AUGACUGACUUCCUGUCGCAUACUUUUGCCUUACUACUGUCUGUCUUCAUUUCUGCCGCUCCCGUCCUCGGACGUAGUGAUGUUCUCGUACUCACAGAUGCAGAUUUCGACUACCUGGCGGCUGAGCACGAGACCAUGCUCGUGAAGUUUUAUGCACCAUGGUGUGGCCAUUGCAAGAAACUUGCCCCGGAGUUUGAAACUGCAGCCAGUCGACUGAAAGGGACGGUAACAUUAGCCAAGGUGGAUUGCACUGUUAACACUGAGAUCUGUGGACGAUUUGGGGUCACAGGUUACCCAAAUUUACAAAUAUUCAGAAAUGGGGAGUACUCAUCUUCCUAUGAUGGACCACGCUCUGCAGAUGGUAUUGUGAGCUAUAUGAAGAAGCAGGCAGGUCCCAACUCUUUGCCUCUGCACAGUGAGAGAGACCUUGACAGUUUCAUCAACCACUUUGAUGCCAGUGUGGUUGGGUUUUUUUCUGGGAGUGACAGCCCUCAAUUGGCAGAGUUUCAGAAAGCUGCCAGUUUGAUGAGGAACAGUUUUCGCUUUGCUCAUACCACAGACCUACAGAUCGGCAGCAGACACAGCGUGAACUCAGAGGCUGUGGUGUUGUUCAGGCCUCCCAGACUGAGUAGUAAGUUUGAGGAUAGUGUGGUGUCACACAGUGUGCCUUUAUCCAUCACUGGCCUGCGUCGCUUCAUUAGAGACAACAUUUAUGGAAUCUGUCCACACUUGACCAAGGAGAAUAAAGAUCAGCUGAAGGGGCGGGACUUGCUCACUGCUUAUUAUGACUUGGAUUAUGAGCACAAUCCCAAGGGCUCCAACUAUUGGAGGAACAGAGUAAUGAAAGUUGCUUCUCAGUUCAGCUCGCGGGGGUUGAUGUUCUCUGUGGCUAAUCGUAAAGACUUUUUGGAUGAGCUGGAGGAGGAGUUUGGCCUGGGUGCAUCUGAAGGAGGUGAUCUGCCAUUUGUCACCAUCAGGACACGAGGAGGUCACAAGUACACCAUGCGUGAGGAGUUCACGCGAGAUGGGAAGUCGUUGGAAAGAUUUCUGGAGGAUUAUUUUGCCGAGAGACUCAAACGUUACAUCAAGUCACAACCUGUGCCUACAACCAACAAAGGGCCUGUUAAGGUGGUGGUAGCAGACUCGUUUGAGGAGAUUGUCAAUGAGCGAGACAAAGAUGUGCUGAUUGAGUUCUAUGCUCCAUGGUGUGGUCACUGUAAGAAACUGGAACCCAAAUACGUGGAGCUGGCAGAACAGCUCUCUGGUAAUCCCAACAUUGUCAUCGCUAAAAUGGACGCAACCGCUAAUGAUAUCCCUCAAGGUUACGACGUGCAAGGCUUCCCCACAAUAUAUUUAGCUGCAGCAGGAAACAAGGAAGAACCGAAGAGAUACGAGGGAGUCCGUGAGGUGAAAGACUUCAUUCAUUUCCUGAAUAGAGAGGCAACUCACAGACCAGUCUUAAAAGGAGACAAAGAGGAACUAUGA